UACUGCAAUAAUGUGAAGGAGCAGCGGAUGAAUGGCCUACUGCCUGAGCCUCUCCAGAUAUUUCCUCGAGCCGGCAAGACUCCAGGGAUCCGGAACAUACACAGCCUGAAGGUGAACACAAGGCCCAAUGACUGCUCCCCCGCCGCCAUCGGCUCUAUGCCCAACAAUAGUCCCAGUCUAAAGAAGUCCUCUGCAGAGCUAAAGAAGAUUUUGACUAAUGGACAGAUCAAUGGCCAAGACAUACAAUACCAGGAGCAGCUUGGCCAUGGAAACGGAGGGACCGUGUACAAAGCGUACCAUCUUCUGGGCAACAGAGUGUUGGCGGUGAAGGUCAUUCCUCUGGAUAUCACAGUGGAGCUACAGAAACAGAUCAUGUCCGAGUUGGAGAUCCUCUACAAGUGUGAUUCCUCCUACAUCAUAACCUUCUACAGUGCCUUCUUUGUGGAGAACAGGAUCUCCAUAUGCACAGAAUAUAUGGAUGGUGGCUCUCUGGACGUCUACAGGAGGAUCCCAGAACAUGUGUUGGGUAGGAUCUCUGUGGCGGUUGUGAAAGGCCUAACCUAUCUAUGGAGCCUGAAGAUUCUUCACAGAGACGUCAAGCCUUCCAACAUGCUGGUCAACACUAGAGGUCAAGUGAAGCUCUGUGACUUUGGAGUCAGCACGCAGUUGGUGAAUUCCAUCGCCAAGACGUAUGUGGGAACCAACGCCUACAUGGCACCGGAGAGGAUAUCUGGGGAGCAGUAUGGUAUCCAUUCAGACGUCUGGAGCGUGGGCAUCUCCUUCAUGGAGUUGGCACUGGGCGCUUUCCCCUAUCCACAGAUUCAGAAAAACCAAGGAUCUUUAAUGCCUCUCCAGUUACUGCAAUGCAUCGUUGAUGAGGAGCCUCCUGUUCUUCCUGUGGGUCAGUUCAGCCAGAAGUUUGUCCACUUCAUCACACAGUGCAUGAAGAGACUCCCCAAAGAGAGGCCUGCUCCUACCAACCUUAUGGACCAUGCCUUCAUCCUGCUCUACGACGAUGGCAAUGCGGAGGUGGUGUCCAUGUGGGUGUGUCGCUGCCUAGAGGAGAGGAGAGCCCAGGCUCAGGGACAGAUGUGACCCCGUAAACACAGGAGAUCACAGAGAAGUUAAGCGGUCAAGGGUAUCAUGUAGGGCCAGGAUGACACCAGUAUCUCUAUACUCAUUAAUAUCUUGGCAAAGAAACAAAACACCAAGCGCUUUUAACUUUGUUAGGAAAACAGUCCUGAUGUUGGAAACAAAACAUCAUUAUGAUGUCAUCCAGAGUCACAUGUAUUUAUUUUCUAUCUAUAGCUCACAAUAUUUUACAUACAGCAGGUGUUUAAAGGACUGAAAGAGUUUGGUUUGCUUUGUGUUUUCAUUUUUGCCAUAGAAACAAUAUUGCGAUACUGGUAUGGUUCCCGGCCCUAAUAUCAUGGCCCAAUCUCUCUGGACUUUCACCAUUCGUGAACCCCAGGAGUGGACAGUAAAUAUCAAAGACACGGUUUCUAAAACGUAUUGAAGACGUCCAUGGUGUAAAGAGGCCGUCUGUACGUCCAACGUCAGUAAGCCAAGAGGAUACUGGAUCUUUACAACUGAACGUUCGUUGCAAGUGGAACUUUGUUAUCUGGGCCCUUGGCGUGUUGACUGAUGUCUUGAUGGUGUAUCCUGGCGACUCUUACACUCCAAACCUGGCCGUGUGUUGAUGCUGCUUUAUCAAUGUAUUUACAAGUGAGUGGGACUUAUUCCGUGACUGUUUGCCUACUUAGUUAUUUCUAACUCAGAGAGACUUUAGACAGAAUGUCAGAGUAAGUGAUCAACGAUGAGAUGGGGCUUGAAAACCCAUAUGGCUUUACAAUAACAAAGAAGUGCUAUUUUCCAGGAUGACGCUCGGACAACCUGUUACGCUUUAUUGUUGGCAGCUUUCUAGUGAAUGUGGAGGUGUGGCGGUGUGUACAGCAGUAACCCCUGUGUGUGUACGGCAGUAACCCCUGUGUGUACGGCAGUAACCCCUGUGUGUGUAUGGCAGUAACCCCUGUGUGUAUGGCAGUAACCCCUGUGUGUACGGCAGUAACCCCUGUGUGUGUACGGCAGUAACCCCUGUGUGUACGGCAGUAACCCCUGUGUGUGUACGGCAGUAACCCCUGUGUGUGUACGGCAGUAACCCCUGUGUGUGUACGGCAGUAACCCCUGUGUGUGUACGGCAGUAACCCCUGUGUGUGUACGGCAGUAACCCCUGUGUGUGUACGGCAGUAACCCCUGUGUGUGUACGGCAGUAACCCCUGUGUGUGUACGGCAGUAAGCCCUGUGUGUGUACGGCAGUAAGCCCUGUGUGUGUACGGCAGUAAGCCCUGUGUGUGUACGGCAGUAAGCCCUGUGUGUGUACGGCAGUAAGCCCUGUGUGUGUACGGCAGUAACCCCUGUGUGUGUACGGCAGUAACCCCUGUGUGUGUACGGCAGUAACCCCUGUGUGUGUACGGCAGUAACCCAUGUGUGUGCCUAAUGUUUUUACAAGACGUUUCUGUGACAUUACUUUACCUCAUCGAGAUACACUAUAUAUAUAUAUAUAUAUAUAUAUAUAUAUAUAUA